UAGUAGAUUGUAACUAAGGCAGCAAUGUUUCGUUUAUGUCAAAAACCAACGUAUAGAGCAACUAUUAAAUGCAAACAUGUGGUCCAAAAUGAAACGCUUCUGAAACGAAACCCAAUGCAUGGGGCAUGGAGGAGGUCUUUCAACGCUGAACAUGCUUGCCUUGAAUCAAGAGCACUUCCUCUAGUUCAUCAUGCCAAGUACAUAUGUGACCUCCCUGAAAACCACAGGUUUCCCAUGGGAAAGUUCCCCAAAGUCCUGGAGAGUCUGUUCAGAGAUCAAGUCAUAACAGAUAAACAGGUGUGGGCUCCUAAGAUUGCCUCAAAAGGGCUUCUGGGAUGUGUGCAUACUGAGGAGUACCUCUCCAACUUUAUCGGUGGAAAAAUCAGUGAGAAAGAUCAGAGGCGGACUGGAUUUCCUUGGAGUUCUGGUUUAGUUCAACGCUGCAGAUAUGAAACGGGUGGCACUGUGCUGGCAGGAGAGAUCGCCCUGCAGAGGGGACUGGCGUGCAGUACAGCCGGAGGGACCCAUCAUGCCUUCCCAGGCUACGGCGCAGGCUUCUGUCUGCUCAAUGACUUGGCUGUGACCGCCAAACACUUGAUGGGUGAGUCCGCAUCCAAGAGGAAGAUUCUCAUCAUGGAUCUGGAUGUACAUCAGGGUGAUGGCACAGCAUUCAUCUUUAAGGACGAACCAAAUGUUUUUACCUUCUCAGUGCAUUGUGGGAAAAACUUUCCUUUGCGAAAGCAGCAGAGUGACCUAGAUGUCAGUUUAGAAGAUGGCACUGAAGACAAAGAGUAUCUUUCCAAAGUCCAGGAACACCUCCCUUGGUUACUGGAGACAUUCCACCCGGAUCUGGUGCUGUAUGAUUCUGGAGUGGAUCCACACUGGGAGGAUGAACUUGGAAGACUUCGUCUCACAGAUGAAGGCCUUUACCAGAGGGAUCUUUAUGUACUUCAGACAGUCAUAAAAAAGGCCAUCCCUGUGGCCACUGUCAUUGGAGGAGGCUAUUCAAGAGAUAUUGAUCGACUGGCACGCAGGCACUCAAUAAUUCACAGAGCUGCUUCAAAGGUUUGGAGAGAAUAUGGACUUUAACUCCAGGAUAGAAAUGGACUGCUAAACAAACUGAGAUCAUUGGGUGCUGAGAGGGACCAUAUGAACAUUUUGCUGUGCCAAUGCUAUUGGAUGGGAUAGAUUUCAUGAAUACAAUUUUUUUUUU